GCCGGAAGUGAACCGACGAGAGAGGGCGGUCCUGGGGUCCCCGCCCACCUACCCACUUCAGCCCUGACGGAAACAUGCAUAAGAAGAAGGCGCCCCCGGUACCCCCGGGACGCGGCGCGGCCUCAGCCAGACAGCUGGGCCUACUGGUGGACUUCUCCCCUGAUGGGAUGAUGAUUCCUGAAGAUAGUGACCACGAUGCUGACCUGGAGGCAGAGUUCAUGGCCUUGGUAGGGGCCCAGCUGCCUCAGGAACUCAAAAGCAAAGCUCCCUUGCCUAUGGAGACCAUUGAGAAGAUGGCCUCCCUGUGUAUGAAGGAUCUGGAUGAAGGAGAAGGGGAAGAGGAUGAUGAUGAUGUGGAAGAUGAUGAUGAACUGCUGGCAGAGCUGAAUGAAGUUCUUGGGGAAAGGGAGAAGCCCCAAGAUAGCCAGAGCCUCCCCCUGGCCAAGUCACCCAGUCUUCCACAGCCUAAGGUCAGCCCCAGCAGUGCUGGCAUGGAAACCACCCUGGCUGAAAGACUGGCCAUGUACCAGACUGCCAUCACCAAUGCCAAGCAGGCAGGGGACAGCUCCAAGGUCCGGAGGUAUGAGCGAGGCGUCAAGACACUAGAGAAUAUGCUGGUCUCAGUUAAGAAGGGACGAAGCAUCAAUGAGGAGGACAUCCCACCUCCUGUGGCUGUGGGGAAGAGCCUGAUGCCUACCCCAGAGGCCCCACCCAUGCAGAGUGCCACACCCACCCCACCCCCUCAACAUCAGCUGCCAACUGUUCCCCCCAAAACACUGCCUGUACCCCCCAGUCAUGGCUCUGGGGUGACUGAAAAGCCAGUCCCUAUAGCUUCACCUUUGAGCUCUGGUGUUGGCAGUCCUGGGUCCCUCGUCCUAUUGCAGGAGCGGCAACAAGAGUACAAAAGGGCAGCAUUGCGCUCCAAGCAGGAGGGAAACUUGGAAGCAGCCUCUAAGUACUUCCGUGUAGCCAAGAGCUUUGAUGCUGUCCUGGAAGCAAUGGCCAGGGGUGAAGCUGUGGACCUAUCCCGGCUGCCUCCACCACCUGACCAGAUGUCCAGGACCUUGCCGUCCCCAGGGCUUCAGCCCCAUGCUUCCACCCCUGGUACAGGCACUGUCUCCCCUUCCAUGCCCGAGAUGCCCCCACCUCCACGGACCCUGCUGGAGGCUUUGGAACAGCGUAUGGAGCGUUAUCGGGUAGCUUCGGGGCAGGCCAAAGACAAAGGGGAUGAUCGCAAGGCCCGGAUGCAUGAUCGGAUAGUCAAGCAAUAUCAGGAUGCCAUCCGGGCCCACAAGUCUGGCAGAUCUGUGGACGUGGCUGAACUCCCUGUUCCACCGGGUUUCCCCCCAAUCCAGGGCCUGGAAGCAGCCACACCCACACAGCAAAGCCUGGUAGGGGUUCUUGAGACUGCCAUGCGGCUGGCCAACCAGGAUGAAGAUGUAGAAGAAACAAAGAAGCCCAGCACCCACUCCCUUCCUUCUCCACAACCCAAACCCCAGACACCCCGGGCCCCUGGGCCAGGGACUGGCCCACCUGGGAAAGUGGCUGUAAAAGGCUCCACUAAAGCCCAGCAGCAGCUGGCUUUCCUGGAAGGAAGGAAAAAGCAGCUGUUGCAAGCAGCCCUGCGAGCCAAGCAAAAGAAUGACCUGGAAGGCGCAAAACUCUUUCUGCGCCAAGCCAAGGGACUGGAGCCCAUGCUGGAGGCCUCAAUUAACGGGCUACCUGUCGACAUCACCAAGGUGCCACCAGCACCUGUCAAUAAGGAGGAUUUCACACUGGCCCAGCGACCUGGUGCAGCUAUCUCUCUGGAAGAGGCCAGCCAUUAUGCCGAGCUCACCAAGUUGAUGAGGCAGCAGCAUGAGAUGUGCCUGAAGUACUCCAACCAGUUCACCCACCUGGGCAAUGUGGUAGAAACCAGCAAGUUUGAGAAAAUGGCCGAGGACUGUAAGAAGAGCAUGGAGAUUCUGAAGCAAGCCCACAGCCGGGGCUUCCCGCUUCCCAAGUUCCACUAUGAGCAAAGGACCUUCAGUGUGGUCAAGAUCUUCCCAGAACUCAGCAGUAGUGACAUGGUUCUGUUCAUAGUGAAGGGCAUCAAUCUUCCCACACCACAAGGGGUAUCCCCCAGUGACCUGGAUGCCUUCGUGCGAUUUGACUUCCCCUAUCCCAAUGCAGAAGAAGCUCAGAAAGACAAGACCAAUGUGAUCAAGAAUACAGCCUCCCCAGAGUUCAAGGAGCAAUUCAAGCUUUUCAUCCAGCGGGGACACCGGGGCUUCAAGCGUGCCAUCCAAACCAAAGGGAUCAAAUUUGAAGUGGUCCACAAGGGGGGACUCUUCAAACCAGACCGUACCCUGGGUACUGCCCAGCUCAAGCUGGAGGCCUUGGAGUCAGCCUGUGAGAUCCGAGAAAUCCUCGAGAUCCUGGAUGGUCGUCGCCCCACAGGAGGACGGCUUGAGGUGAUGGUCCGCCUGCGGGAGCCACUGACUUCACAGCAGCUAGACACUGUCACAGAGCGAUGGCUGGUCAUUGACCCUCUGCCCCUGGUGGCAGCACCCAAGGCAAAGGCUCCACCCAUCCCUGCCCCUGGACGAGACCACGGGGGCAACAGACCAGCCAACAGCUUACGGAGCCUCAGUGUGAUGGCCUUUGACCGGGAACGGCUGGAGAGGAAGAUCGUGGCAUAUGAGCAGGCACGGCGGGCGGUGCCCAGAGAUCUGGCCCAGAAGUACCAGGACCUUGUGCAGCACAGCCAGUGGCAGAGAGCGCAGCUAGAACAGGGAGGGCCAGGCAUCAGGAGAGAGUACCACGCUCAGCUGGAGGGGUACCUGCAGUACUAUACAGAGGCCGCCAGACGCCUGGGCAGCGAUGGCAACAGGGAUGCAGCUAAGGAAGCUCUGUACAAACGGAACCUAGUGGAGAGAGAGCUGCAGCAGCUUCGGAGGUGAUAGUCUCAUCAGGACUGUGCCCAGGUCACUGGGCUUCCCCCAGUCCAGGGAACAAAGGCAGCUGGACUCUGGGAACAAGUGGAGGGGCCCAGAGUGCUAGGAAGAAGGUGACGGGAGACGGGUGAAGCGGAGAGCCUCAGGCUCCCUUUGUAUUCUCCAGCCUCCCCCAAGGACUCUGCUGAAGACCAAAUCUUCUGACAAUCACUUGACAAUCAUUAUGAGGGAGGGGAUAUCUCUGGGGGAAGAGAAAGGGGAUGCACCUGCUUCAGGCUGGAGCUUAGUGUCUCUCACUCUCUCCCUGUCCUGGUGGAAUUACAGUUGUGGCAACAAGAAAGUUUAUGUCACCGUGAAGGCAUUUGUAGCCGCUGUGCCCCGCAGCGCUCCCCACUGGAAGGCCAAGAGAGCUGGCAGAGACUUGGCUCCCGAGCCCACACAAGCAGGGGCUCGUGCCUUCGGCAUCAUUUCCCCUUUCCCAGGCCCCCAUUGUCCCCUCCACAAAAUGUGGUUUGCACAGUCAAGCAGGCUUCUGUCCCCUUGGCCUUCCCAAGGAUGUGGAAAGGCAUGAAGAAAGGGGUGAGGCCUUGGGGACCAGGUUCCAGCUGGGUCCCUCCCUCUCUCUACCAGUUUCCCAAGCACUUUAUUUUCUCAUCUGCCAGUUUGGGGCUCCUAGGAAACCUAGAGGUCCCAGCUUGAGAAGCCUUAACCGGCCAGCACCCGCCCCAAAGAAUACCCUAGCCUGGGCAUGAGACCUACGGGCAAGGCUCUCCCCAGAUCCAUCUCCCUAAUCUCAUCCUGCCUUGCCCACUGCAGGAGGUGCAGAGGCAGGCCCUCCCAGUUGGGCAGGCUUCCACUGCCUGUGAGGGAGGACCAUGCCAUCACACCUGCCUGGGUUGUGGUGCCCCUGGCAGGGGGAGAACGGAUUCAGAUUGGGGGAACAGGCACAUACAAUAAACAGCAA